CUGAUGAUAGAGGUACAGACCUCCCUCGGAAUUUUUGAAGGAAAGGCUGGCCAGGUCUUUCUUACUUAUGACCAAACGGCUCUAGACCAGCAAAAAUAUUUGAAAGGUGGCAACCUUAUCGCUUGGUCAAUUGCUCAUGGUGGUCCAUGCAUUAAGGCCCUGGAUCCUUGCCUCUUCCAGUUGAUGUGCGGCCAGGAGCCAACACUGGAGCAGUUUGACUGGCAUGUGCUGCCUGACCCAGAUGUGCAAAGCAAAGUCAAAAGGAUUCAACAGUGCAAGACAAAUGAGGACCUAAUAGCACUCCAACGUGACUUGGGGGACUGGAUUUCUGAGUGUGGCAUCCCAGGAAUAUUUAGUGCCAAAGUUGAAGACAUGCCAAAAAUCUAUGCGUAUGUUGUCAAGCAUUACAUCUAUCUCAGAACAGCCAAGAUGAUACACCAGUUCACGGAGGGAAUGAAUGCAUACGGAAAGUUGUGGGACCUAGUCAAGAAAAAGUGGAUCGCUUUCUUGCCCCUGUUCACCAACAUGCAGGAACCUCUGUCAAAGGCAGCCUUCAAAGCCAUUCUCACUUAUAAUUACAGUGACAGAGGAACCAAUAAUUGUCAGACAGAGGAGGAUACCAUCUACAGCUGGGAAAUGGUUUUGAAUAUGAUUGAGGAUGAAGUUCCUGUCCUGGGUUUCCGCGACAACAUCUGCAUCGAUUUUUAUGACCAGGCUGAGGGCAUGCGACGUUUGCCCUAUGCGUCUACCUGCAUGUUGUGUUUGUACCUGCCGAGAGGAGUUACAGAGGAGAACGACUUACAGCAGAUGCUCUCCCAGGCAAUAGGCGACUCCUUGGGCUUUGGAAAGGUGUAG